ACUAUCAAGUUGUCUGGGUUUGGAAAUGGGAAAGAGAACGAAACCAGUUUCAGAGUAUCUAAAUGCUCUCUCAUUGUUUUGUUUAUAUGUCAGAGUAGUGAUUUCUGCAAAGCACAACACUGGAGCAGGUGUAGUCCCAGGCAAAAUCAAUGUUCAUCUUGUUCCACAUUCCCAUGAUGAUGUUGGUUGGCUCAAAACUGUUGACCAAUACUAUGUUGGGUCAAACAAAACUAUUCAGGUGGCAUGUGUUGAGAAUGUGCUGGACUCUGUGGUUAUGUCACUGCAGAAGGACCCAAAUAGGAAAUUUGUGUUUGCUGAAAUGGCAUUUUUCAAUAGAUGGUGGGUAGAACAAAAUCAAGAGACACAAGCAAUAGUGAGAAAGCUUGUGGAUGCAGGGCAGCUAGAAUUCAUAAACGGUGGUUGGUGCAUGCAUGAUGAAGCAACCACCCAUUACAUAGACAUGAUUGAUCAAACUACAUUUGGUCAUCUCUUCAUCAAGAAACACUUCAACAAGGUCCCUCGAGCCGGGUGGCAGAUUGAUCCAUUUGGGCAUUCUGCUGUUCAAGCUUAUCUCCUUGGUGCUGAGCUUGGGUUUGAAUCUGUACACUUUGCUAGGAUUGAUUAUCAGGAUAGAGAUAAGCGAAAAGUUGAUAAAUCUCUCGAAGUUGUGUGGCGUGGAUCCAAAACAUUUGGAUCUUCAGCACAGAUUUUUGCCAAUGCUUUUCCGGUUCAUUAUAGUCCACCAGCAGGUUUUCAUUUUGAAAUCGACGAUACGUAUGAUCCCAUCCAGGAUGAUCCUCAUCUAUUUGAUUACUAUGUUAAAGAUCGAGUUGAGGACUUCAUUGCUGCUGCUGUUGCACAAGCAAAUGUGACUAGAACAAACCAUAUUAUGUGGACAAUGGGCGAUGAUUUCCAAUACCAAUAUGCAGAAACUUGGUUCAAGCAAAUGGAUAAACUAAUUCACCAUGUUAAUAAGGAUGGCAGAGUGAAUGCUUUGUAUUCUACACCAUCACUUUACACUGAUGCUAAAAAUGCAGCAAACCAAUCAUGGCCUCUGAAAACUGAUGAUUACUUUCCCUAUGCAGAUAGAGUAAAUGCUUAUUGGACAGGAUAUUUCAGCAGUCGCCCUGCAUUUAAGAGAUAUGUUAGAAUGCUGAGUGCAUACUAUUUGACAGCGCGUCAACUUGAAUUCUUGGCUGGAAAGAAAACCACAGUAAGCCACACUUAUGACCUUGGAGAUGCUCUAGCAAUUGCACAGCAUCAUGAUGCUGUUUCUGGUACUGCCAAGCAGCAUACAACUAAUGACUACAUGAAAAGGCUUGCUAUUGGAGCAUCUAAGGCUGAAGCUGUCAUUAGUUCUUCUUUGGCUAAUCUUGCUAGCAAGAAUCCUGGAGUUCAUCGCUCAACACCUGCAUCGGUAUUUUCCCAGUGUCAACUACUCAAUAUCAGUUACUGCCCACCAACUUCAGACAAUAAUCUUCAAGGAAAAAGUUUGGUGUUAUUGGUAUAUAAUCCACUUGGAUGGAAUCGUUCUGAUAUUAUCAGAAUACCAGUUAAUGAUGCUAAUCUUGUUGUCGAAGAUUCGUUUGGGAAUAAGGUCGAAACACAAUAUGUGGAAGUGGAUAAUGUUACAAGAAAUUUAAGAGAAUUAUAUGUCAAGGCCUAUUUAGGAUUCUCACCAAAGCAAGCCCCAAAAUACUGGCUUCUGUUUCAGGUGUCAGUGCCUCCUCUUGGAUGGACUACAUACUUCAUUUCUAGAGCACCGGGAAAAGUCAAAGGUAGAAAUGGAUUUGUCUCAUCACAUUCAAUCAUUCAGAAAAACAAGACCAUUGAAUUAGGACCCGGAAAUUUGAAGAUGUCCUUUUCUUCCGAGUCUGGAAAACUUGAAAGGAUGUAUAAUUCCAGAACUGGAGUUGAUAUACCAAUUCAGCAAAGCUAUCUCUGGUAUGGCUCUAGCGACGAGUCGGAUCAGGCUUCUGGUGCAUAUAUAUUCCGGCCUAAUGGAUCCUCUCCAAAGAUUGUUUCAAGAUCAGUGUCCUACAAGGUAGUUCAAGGACCACUAGUUCAUGAGGUACAUCAGAAUAUUAGUUCUUGGAUUUACCAGGUCACUAGGCUCUAUAGAGAUAAAGAGCAUGCUGAAGUUGAAUACACUAUUGGUCCAAUUCCCACAGAUGAUGAAGUUGGGAAAGAGGUGAUCACACAAAUGACAUCAAAUAUGGUUACAAACAAGGAAUUUUAUACUGAUUCUAAUGGAAGAGAUUUUCUCAAACGGGUUCGAGGUUAUAGGGAAGAUUGGCCCCUUGAAGUUAAUCAACCUGUAGCAGGAAACUAUUAUCCACUUAAUUUAGGAAUUUAUAUUAAGGAUAAGAAGUCUGAAUUCUCAGUCCUAGUUGAUCGUGCCACUGGUGGCGCGAGCAUUAGAGAUGGUGAGGUGGAACUAAUGCUUCAUAGGCGCAUGCUCACCGAGGAUGGCAGAGGAGUAGGCGAAUCACUUGAUGAACAAGUUUGCAUAGAUGAUAAAUGCCAAGGGCUAACAGUAAGAGGAAACUAUUACAUGGGCAUCCACAAACUAGGAGAUGGUUCCCGCUGGCGCCGUUCAACUGGUCAGGAAGUUUACUCCCCGCUCUUAUUGGCUUUUACACAUGAGAACAUAGGAAAUUGGAAGUCCUCAUAUUUGAGCAAAGGAACUGUGAUGGACCCAAAUUACAGCUUGCCUCCCAAUGUUGCUUUGAUAACUCUUGAGGAAUUGGAUGAUGGCAGUGUGCUCCUCCGUUUGGCACAUCUAUAUGAGCAAAGUGAAGAUGCUCACUAUUCAAGUUUGGCUAAAGUUAAAUUGAAGAGAAUGUUUGCCUCAAAAAAGAUAAAGGAAUUAAAGGAGGUUAAUUUAUCAGCAAACCAAGAGAAGUCAAACAUGAAGAAGAAGAUAUGGAAGGUUGAGGGCGACAAGGGGCAACAACCACCACCACUUAAAGGUGGACCUGUUAACAGUUUCCAUCUUCUUGUUGAGCUUGGCCCCAUGGAAAUACGUACAUUCCUCUUGAAAUUUUGAAAACAAUGUACUUAACAUUAAUUAGUACAAGGAUCUUCG